UAUGAAGUAAAUUCGUAUGGUGUGAAAUUCUAGGUCGUCGUGUUUGAUGACUAAGUUUUUCUAGACUUAGGUUCUAAUUUUCGUCAAGACUAUGAGUAUAAGAAACUCAGCAGGUGUUGGCUAUGGUACACACGAUUGUGAAAUACAAACCCAAAGCACUGAGCUCGUUAAUAGUCAGUUUCAGUCUUUUAAUCCUAUCGAUGAAUGCACAGAUACGAGUUAUAUUCUGAACUCAUAUCCCAAAGAGCUUCAAAAAAUAUGUUGCAACAUGUUCACCACCCCUAAGUUUUGUGAAUGGUUGAAGCAUGAGUGGUUGUAUUCGAGCAUAGACAAGGAAAUAUUUCUAAGGGUUAAUGACUUCCAGCUGAUAUUACGGGAAUACUUUCCUACUUUAAAGUCUCGAAAAUUAAGUCGAGUUCAUUGGUCAACUAUUCGACGGAUCAUAGGGAGACCACGUCGUUUCAGUGCCACGUUCCUCUCUGAAGAACGGCACUCUGUGCAAGUAAAACGUAAAAAUAUACAAUACAUACAGCACAUCAUUUUAACAAGUUCUCUUGGUCCGAUGGCGUCAGAACAUUUAGAUAAUCUUUUAUUAUGCUUGCCACCAGCAAUUCAAAUUCCCCUUCGAUUACCAGUUGGUAUCAGAGUAUGUGUUUGUCUUCACACUCCCAUGCAGGGUUUAUAUCUUGGACUGAUACAAAAUUCGUGUCCAGGUGAUGGACAUUAUGUUGUUUGGGUUGAUGAGUUAAUUAUUUCAAAUGAUUACAUGGAAAUGAAAUCUUCUAGAUAUUAUGGCUGUCAAAUUGUUCCAGAAGAAAAUGUUUUUCCUUUACCAAAUCAGUCGUUACCACCUUCUGUAACACUUUCAGAGAUUCGCAGUUAUUUUAAAGAAAAUAUAAUAAACAGUGAUGUCACUGUUUUUUCAUCUGAAUUCAAUACUAACUUCCCAAAUACCAUCAAUAAAACGGUCGAAUCAUCUAGUAAUCGUUUACAUUGUGUUCAAUCCUCGCCUACUUGUGGACCUUUAUUAAGUGAAAGUGUAUGUGGUGCAAAUCAUAUACAGAUGAAUAAUUCACAAGUUUCAUCAGGAGAUCUUUUAAUCCCAAAACCUAAAUUUGAUAAUCCUUCUGUAAUAACAUCACCGUGUUCAGAACAAACAUCUUCCCAGAAAACCGACUAUCAGUCUUACAAUAGAUUUCUUAUUAAUAUUAUUAAACUUCACAAGAUUUUAGAGAGAAAACGCUCAUCAAUUGAAACUUUAAGACAAUUAAAUGAUACUGCUGAAAUAAAGCUUUCAGAAAACCAGAAUAACAUCACUAUACAAUUUCAACAUAAUUAUGCAACACUCAUAUUAAAUAUAGAUAAAAUUAAUCGAGAAUUAAAACAUUAUAUGAAUCAAGUACUUCUAUACGUGUCGACUAUGGCACAAGAACAUAACAUGGUGGAAUUAAAUUCCGUUAUCGACUGGAGACGUCGCUGUGAUGAUGAAGCUCAAGAAAUAGUUAAUCGGAUGAAAGAAUUACAAACAUACAAAUUAAUUGAUGAAGACAAAUUGGAUCUUGUUGCUAAGCUUAUUUCUAUUCUCAUACAUUUAAGUACUAUUCAUCAUAAAAAUAAAAUAUAGAAUUUAUCUGAUCAUCGGUACAUGAAUCAAAUCCCAGCCUGUAUUGAUGACAUUCUCAAAGAGAUUAAACAUGGUAUUCACCCAAAUAAUUUAAAAUGUUUUGAAUCUACAGUGGAAACUUUUAUUGGACAAAUUAUAAAUCCAAUUACAAAUACUGUCUAUUCACGAAUGUAUCAAUAUCCUAUGAUAUUGAAUUCACAAGUUUCAGACAAUAUUUAAUAUGUUAAAUGUUAUUUCUUUUUUUGCGGGAGGGGAAGGAAGGGCUAAUUUCUUGUUCUAUUUAUUUUCAUGUUGAUUUUGAGUUCAUUAUUUGUUUGUUUAUUUUUAUUUAAAAAAAAAAACUAUUUAUUAUUUAAAAGGAUCAAUUAUAAAUAGAAUACUAUCUGAUUGUGUAAUGUAUUU